CCUCCACUGAUCUCUACUCUCAAUCGAAGUAAUAAUUUCUGGAAUAGUUAAAGAAAACUACACAAGUUUAGCCCUAGCUAGUUAUAUAUAAGCCCACUGCACCACUUGCUUUCAUUUCUUGUUCUAAAGGAAAUUAAUUAAAGGUCCCAUCCCUUGAAACACCUCAUAAUCUUUGAUUAGCAUAGCCUUUUAGGAUUGCAUCGGAUCGGAUCGGAUCUAGAUCGCUGUCGUGGUUGUUUUGUGGUUAUAACUCGAUCGAAUUAGAUAUGGAUUGAUUGAUAAUUAUAUAUAUAUGUAUAUGUAUGAGAACAAUUAAUUGGUUCUUCAUGGAGCUUAGCACUGGAAGUUCAGAAGGCGCAUUUGCAGUGGAGAGGAAGACGACGAUGAUGCCAAAAAAAGAAGGAUGGAUCUGAUCGAUUUUUAAUCAAGAAAAUGAACGAUCUAUAUAUUGCGUUUGUCGGAAAGGCUAGGUCUUGUCUUAAUCUAAUUACAAAUGUGGCAACGCAAACAACAUGUUUUUCGUUGAGGAUCUCGAACAGGAAAAAACUUCUGAAUCCUGUAGGAAUAAUGGAUGAAUUAUCCCCCGAUCCGCCAUUCGAGACUCAGUACAAGAAGCUCUUCGACAUGGCGGAGGCAAACUUGGAGCAGAAGCAUAAGGGCUUUCCGGUGUUGGAGGAAUGGUGCGACCUGCCAUUAAUAGAUCUCAACGAGUUAAACCUCGGAGAUCCCGACAAGCAGCAGGCUUGCAAGAAACUGAUAUCCACAGCCUCCCAGGAAUGUGGAUUCUUCCAGGUCAUAAACCAUGGGAUUUCCAGCGACGUAUUGGAGGUCAUGAGGAGAGAACAGGUGAAGCUGCUCAAGAAGCCCUUUCUCGAGAAGAUAAGGUCCAAAGACCUAAACCUCGGAAUCUACCAAUGGGGUACGCCGCCGGCGAACUGCCUGGAGCACCUCUCCUGGUCCGAAUCUUUCCAUAUACCUUUAUCCAACCUUGAAUUGGGAUCUGCUGCACCUGCUCGCCACAGCCUCAUGUCGGCGAUGGCGCAAUUUGCGGCGGCGAUGUCUGAGCUAGCGCAGGCGGUGGCGGAGAUACUGGCGGAGGAAAUCGGGCGGCCGACGGCGUUGUUCAAGCAGACAUGUGUGGCGGCGAGGUGCUACAUUCGUCUGAACCGAUACCCACCGUGCCCGGCGGCGUACCCUAAGAUGCUGGGCAUAAUUCCCCACACGGACAGCGCGUUUCUGACGGUGGUGCACCAGGACAGCAUCGGCGGCCUGCAGAUGGUCAACAAUGGCCGCUGGAUCGCCGUGAAGCCCAACCCGUCUGCCCUAAUUGUGAACAUCGGUGACCUGUUCCAGGCUUGGAGCAAUGACGUGUACAGAAGCGUGGAGCAUAGGGUUGUGGCGAAUGUGGAGAAGGAGAGGUAUUCGAGUGCGUAUUUCUUGUGUCCAUGUCAGGACACUGUGAUAGAGAGUGGUGUGUAUCGAAGCUUCACCUUUGAGGACUAUCGAAGACAGGUGCAGGAAGAUGUCAAAAUCUACGGCUACAAAACUGGCCUUUCCAGGUUCCUAAUUGCACGUCCAGGUCCAGGUCCAGGACAAUCAAUUGAUUCCCUCCACGAAUAAAUAAGUAAUUUUCUAAUUUGAUUAUAAUUUUUAUGCAUGAAGUAAUUUAUUUUAUUUUAUUGGGUUUGAAAAUGUAUAAUUUAUACAUGAAGUAAUUUAUUUUUAUUUUAAAACAUAAAAUAUCAAAGUAUCUUUAAAUGUUUUGAAUAUAUAUAUAUACA